CCGGUGAUUCUGUUAUCCCCUCUAACGUGUCCCUUGUCUUCCCUGUAGCCGGUGGUUCUGUUAUCUCCUCUAACGUGUCCCCUUGUCUUCCCUCCGGCGGUUCUCUGUCCAACAGCCUGAAGCAGGCUUGGCUGCCUAGCGUUGACCACCAGACCUGCUCCAGCUCUGGCUGGUGGGGAUCUUCCGUCAAGACCACCAUGGUCUGUGCCGGUGGUGGAGCCAACUCUGGUUGCCAGGGAGACUCUGGCGGCCCCCUGAACUGCCAGGUCAACGGUCAGUACUAUGUCCACGGUGUGACCAGCUUCGUUUCCUCUUCUGGAUGCAACGCCACCCGCAAGCCCACCGUCUUCACCCGUGUGUCUGCCUACAUCAGCUGGAUGAACGGGAUCAUGGGUUGAAAGGGAACGUGGUCAUCGAGCACAACCCAGCUCAAUUUCAUUUACAUUCUGCUCUUUAAAGUUAAAUAAACUUUUUAAAAAUUCA